UGAAUACAUGCUACUCCUGAUGUUGUUAUUAAAUAGAAUUGGUGGAAUCCUACACAGCCAUUGGACCACUAUUGUAGCAUUUAUACUACAAUCAAUAGCUGGCUGGACAGAGGUGUUUGCAGGAACUAUAAUUUUAGUCACUGGAAAUAUGAAAAUCUAUCUGCAGGCAAUUCUAUCAACUCUAUUCAUUGGAUGCACCUGGGGAGAUGUACGAUUCACUCGAGACACUUACUUGGCUUCUGUUAAUGAGACAGCAGUAAACUCCCCUCGACCACUGCCAGGCUUUGUCACUGUGGCAUGCACACAUUCUUUAGACAACAGCACAAGCAAUAUUACGUAUCAGCUCUUAAAUAGCAAUAACACUUUCACUAUUAACAUGAACACUGGGGAGUUGACGGCAAUAUUGGACCUAGACUAUGAAACUACUACUUUCUACCACAUUCUCGUGCAAUGCUGUAGUGAGUUGAAUGUGACUUGGUCUGCUGAAGCACAACUAAACAUCACUAUUCUGCCUAUAAAUGAGUACAGACCAACUGUGUCUACUAAAACUGAGCAAAUAUCUAUCCCUGAAGGAACACCUAUUGGAACAGUGAUAAUUUCAACUAUAUCAGAUGGUUUUGCAAGGACGUACAGUGCUUCAGAUCUCGAUGCUGGACCUCAUGGAAAUAUUUACUAUAGUAUUGUGUUCACCACAGAUAAUAAAACGUUUGAAUUCAACUCGACAGUUGGAGCACUUUACUUAGCGAGUGAUUUUGAUCUGGAUGCUGACAGAAUAACAUUCAGGAGAGAGGUGAUAGAAAUAACAGCGUGUGAUUCAGAGCCUCCCACACCUGAUUGUCUAAACAUUAUUGUCACUGUGUUCCUCUCUACUGGAAAUGAUAAUGCUCCAGUAUUCAUCUCAUCGUUAUUAAACGUCUCAUUCCCAGAAUCACUUGUUAUCGGGACAACUAUUGCCGUUGUUGAAUGUAUCGAUGAGGAUUUUUCUAGAGGGGUAUUAGAUGGGUAUGAAAUCAUGUCUGUUUUCCCGUCCCAAACACCACAAGAAACGUUUACAGUUACUGAAUCUGGAAAUAUUACGAUAGGUGAGACAUUGGAUUUUGAGUUAACAGAUUUGUACGAAGUGCGAGUACGUUGUUUUGAUUCUGACUUCGAGGAUUUUGCUACUGUUCGAGUGAGCAUCAGCGCAGUUAAUGACAAUACACCAAGGUUUGUUGAGUUGUCACUAAAUGUGUCAUUUCCUGAAUCAGUUAGGCGUUUCACAACAAUUGCACAAGUUACCUGCAAUGAUGAUGAUGUGUUGAUAGGGGAGUUAUCAGGUUACGAAAUAAUAUCACUCGAUCCUCCACAAGCACCAAAUGAUACUUUCUCCAUCAACAGUACAGGGACAAUCAAAUUAGCUUUGUUUCUUGAUUUUGAAAUGGUACAAGUCUAUGAGCUUGAAGUGAGAUGCUUUGACUCUGGGACUCCAAUAAAGGAAAGCGUUAGCGUUGUGACAGUUAAUGUCAUUCCUGUUAAUGAACAUUCACCGAAAUUUCAAAAUUCAUCUUCAAAGAAUGUGUCCGUCUUGGAAUCUAUAAAUGUAACUACUGUUGUUGCACAAGUUGAGUGCUCAGAUCGAGACCUUUCACAAGGUGCAUUUGCGGGCUAUGAAUUGGUAUCAAUCUCUCCACCUCAAACACCACAGGAAACAUUUGUGAUAAGCAGCACAGGGACCAUUGUAGUAGGUUUGCCAUUGGAUUCGGAACUAAUCGACUCAUACGAGCUACAAAUUAGAUGCUAUGAUUCGGGAUAUCCAGUGAUGGAGGAUUUCACUGCUGUUCGAGUGAGUCUAAUUGAUGUGAAUGACAACAGCCCACAGUGCUCUCAGGUGCCUAUCCACUACUUGCCCACAGGCACACAUAGUCACAAACACAUUUUAACCAUAAACUGCACCGACGAGGAUAACGGCCUGAACGGUAAAUUAAGGUACACACUCGGCACUAUCAGCCCUUUACUGAGUAGUGGAUCUGUUGCAGUCAAUCUACACACAGGUGAAAAUACCUUCAUUGGAACGAUUAAUGAGAAUGUGAAUUACACAAUAGUCAUUCUAGUAUCCGACCUUGGCACACCUUCACGCUCAACUAAUGUGUCAUUUGUAGUUAGUAUUGUGGGUGUGGUUCCACCAAUGACGCACUUAUUCCCUCUGUGGGGAAUUAUUCUGAUUGUAGAGGUAGGAUUGUUGUUGGUAUGCUGCUUGUUGAUAGGCUUGAUGUGCUGUUACUAUGGCAACUUCCUACGAAAAAGAGCCAAGCAGUACUUGAUCAGCGAGACAGUAUCUGAGAAUGCGACUGACGAUUUUGGAUUUGUAAUAGCCCAAUACCCUCUUGAUAGAAAAUCUCCUGAUUUUCGAAGUGAUCCUUCAAUUGAGAGUAAUAUCAGCUACAAGGACUAUGUACUUCAAUUCAAGACUACAUCCUUUAACAAUGGCUCAGCCAGUCCAAAAACGCCUACCAGUGUUUCCUCUGUAACCUCUGAGGAAGAAAGUGAAGGACUCGUCUACACAACUUCCACGGAGUUUAUCCUCAACCCAGCGACCACUGAACAAGAGCCGGCCCCGUCCUCUUGCGAAGAUGAGCACAGCCCUCCUGAGGUGUCAAUCACUGUUGAAACUGCUGUAGAUGUUGGGAUGGACCACAGUAGGGACAUACUGAUCCCUAGGGAUGAAAACAAUGGAGAAGAAAUAUAAUAGACUUAAUUAUACGUAGCCUUAUCACUUCAAACUUACAUGAUUUUGAUGCACAUUGUAGCUGUUUACCCCCCCAUAUAACACUUUAUAAUUUGUUUGCAUACUUCUAUAUAAUCGUUCCAUUGAUUGUAUGAAUGUAAUAACCAGUA